AUGGUUUAUGUUUUCGAUGCUGCGGAUCCAAGGAGCACUUCAAACAAGACUGUAAGCAAAUCAUGUUCCAAGACAAUUUUAGUGAAAGUUUUCCGCGAAGGCUUCCCAGACAAUGCAGUAAAACUGUAUGCCAUAAUAGACGAUCAGAGUAAUCGUUCCCUAGUAAAGUCAAAACUACUCAAUGAUCUACAAGUCAAGAGUGAAUACAUAGACUACAUAUUGACGUCAUGUGCAGGUUCGAGUCCUACCAAAGGAAGAAGUGCUACUGGUCUCAUAAUACAGUCCUUAGAUGGCAGCACUCAACUUAAAUUGCCCACUGUUAUCGAGUGCAACCACAUUCCACACAAUCGUUCGGAGAUCCCAACUCCAUGUGUUGCCAGAUCCUACCCCCAUCUGAGGGACAUCGCUGGAUCAAUUCCCGAUUUGGACGAUCAAUGCAACACACUGCUUUUAAUAGGUAGACACUUAUUAGAGGCACACCAUGUCUUAGAUCAACGCCUUGGUCCUAAGACCACACCGUAUGCUCAAAGACUUCAUCUUGGUUGGGUGAUUGUUGGAGAAGCCUGCCAUAACCAGACCCACAUACCUGAGAUUGUGAAUGUGAAUAAAAUUAACAUCCUUGGAAGUGGUCGUCCAUCCUUAUUUCUACCGUGCAACAGUGCUUUCAACGUCAAGGAGAUUACCGAAGGGACUGCUACGAGAGCUGUAAGGCCCCUCUUCCCUUCAAACAAACCUACCAUUGGUCAACCAAACACUAUCCAGAAUCCUAUUGAUCCAGGUAUAUUCACAAGAUCUGCUCACGAUGAGAAGAUAGGAUUUUCUGAGGAAGACAGAAAUUUCGUCGCUCUAAUGGAUAAAGAUUUCAAAAGGGACUGCGAUGGGAGCUGGAAAGCCCCUCUUCCCUUCAAGAAACACCGACAAAAAUUGCCAAAUAACAGGCCACAGGCUUUAAAACGAGCUAACAAUCUUGUAACUAGUCUCCGUAAGAAUGACACAAAGAGACAACAUUUCAUAUCAUUCAUGGAGAAAAUCUUCAGCAGAGGACAUGCUGGCCCAGCACAACCUCUUAAAGAAAACCAAGAGUGCUGGUACCUUCCACUCUUUGGGGUCUACCACCCCAGGAAACCAGACCAAAUUAGAGGGGUGUUCGACUCCUCAGCUACCUAUGAGGGAACAUCCUUGAACAAUGUUUUACUCCAAGGCCCGGAUCUGACGAACAGUCUCCUAGGUGUACUUCUACGCUUCCGUAAAGAAAUGAUAGCGGUAGUGGCAGACAUACAACACAUGUUCCAUUGUUUUAAAGUUGUAGAAGAACACAGGAACUAUUUGAGAUUUUUUUGGCACAGAGACAAUGAUGUGAACAACGAGCUGAUGGAAUACUGUAUGUUUGUGCAUGUAUUUGGCAACAGACCAUCCCCGGCAGUCGCAACAUACGGUCUUCGUAAAAUUGCUGACAUAUCCGAGAACACACAUGGAAUAGAAGUCGCACAGUUUAUCCGUAGAAACUUCUAUGUAGACGAUGGACUAACAUCAUGUCCCACAGCCGAAGAAGCCAUAAGUUUGUUGCAGAAAACUCAAGAUGCAUUGAAACGAAAUGGCAAUCUAAGAUUACACAAGUUCGCUUCGAACAGCUCCACUGUAAUGAAAACCCUUGAUCCUGAUGACUUGGCUGAUGGUGUCUAUUAUCUUGACUUGGAGGAUGAUCCAGCAAUGCAACGGAGUCUUGGCAUCAAUUGGAAUCUCACCAGUGACAGUUUCAUAUUCAGUGUCUCAACAGAGGACAAACCAUUGACAAGAAGAGGCGUUUUGUCGACAGUUAACAGUUUAUAUGACCCUCUUGGCUUUCUUGCACCAGUGAUCAUCGUAGGAAGACUUAUUAUGAGGCAGGUCGUCUCGGAAACAUCUGAUUGGGAUGAACCACUGACCGAACCUGUCAAGUCUCAAUGGGCCACUUGGAAAUCAUCAUUACAAGCCUUGGAGAGAAGUCAUGUGCCACGUGCAAUCACACAAAAUUUGAGCAAAUCUACAAAAAGAGAACUCUUAACAUUUUCUGAUGCCUCGGAAGAAGCAAUAGCGGCGGUAUCUUAUCUCAGGACAACAUAUGAGGGUGGAUCUCAACAAGUCGGAUUCAUAUUGGGAAAAACAAAGGUUGCACCCUCAUCAGGACACACAAUUCCAAGGCUUGAAUUAUGCGCAGCAGUUCUGGCCAUAGAAGUUGCUCAAACAGUUCAAGAUCACAUUGAUAUUGAAUUUCAGGAUGUGAAAUAUUUUUCUGACAGUCGUGUUGUCCUAGAUUACAUUCACAACGACACAAGACGUUUUCAUGUGUAUGUUUCUAACAGAGUGGAGAAGAUCAGAAACCUCAGUCUACCUGAACAGUGGUCCUAUGUUCCAACAAAUAUGAAUCCUGCAGAUGAAGGAUCCAGAGGAAUACUGGCAGAGAACCUACAAAGGAGUGUAUGGUUAAAUGGACCCUCUGAUUUCUUGAACAAGACUCCUGACACAACCAGUGAGAUGUUCGAACUCAUUGAACCACGAGAGGACAAAGAAAUUCGUAACACCUGUUUGAAGACUCAGUACACACCUACACUGGGUACCCACAGGUUUGAGAGAUUCCAAGAAUGGAACCACCUCACUGAAGCUAUUGCUCUUUUGAAACGCUUUCUUGAGCAUAGAAAAGAGAAUAAAACCAAGAUCAUACCAAAGUCCAUAGAUUCAUAUAAGGCAGCUGAAAAAGUUAUCAUCAAAGCCGUACAACAAGAAAUAUAUGCUGAGGAAACAGACUGCUUACGUUCUUCACGAAGCUUACCACGAAACAGUCCUAUACUCUCUUUAGAUCCUUUCCUAGAUGACGAAGGUAUCCUCCGUGUAGGUGGACGGCUGAAAAAUGCUCGAGUGGACACCAUAUGCACACAUCCUAUAUUGAUACCUGGGAAACAUCAUAUCGCUAAGCUUCUGAUCAUCAAGUGUCAUCAGUCAGUUCGUCAUCAAGGUCGUUACUUCACGGAAGGCAAAGUGAGAUCCAGUGGAUAUUGGAUAACUGGAUGUAGGCGCCUUGUCGUUUCGAUCUUAAACAACUGUGUAGUUUGCAGAAGAUUGCGUAGACAAUGCGAGACCCAGAAAAUGUCUGACCUACCUGAAGAACGCCUGAUCCCAGGGCAGCCUCCUUUUACUUCAGUAGGGGUAGACGUUUUUGGACCAUGGAACGUCAUAACUCGUAGAACCAGAGGAUCCUCAGCAAGCAGCAAACGAUGGGCAGUUCUGUUUAUCUGUCUCGUCACUCGCGCAGUACACAUAGAGGUCCUUGAAGAGAUGUCCUCAUCAUCAUUUAUAAAUGCUCUGAGACGGUUCAUGGCAAUCCGUGGUAAAGUGAAGACAUUUUGGUCGGAUAGAGGUACAAACUUCGUUGGUGCUGUUGACCCUCUACACAUAGAUGCAAUCUGGGUCGAAGACUUUCCAUUGAAACAAUUCCUUUACAACGAAGGGACCAUUUGGAAAUUCAAUCCUCCCCAUGCAUCACACAUGGGUGGUGUAUGGGAGAGACUUAUAGGGAUAACGAGACGAAUUCUUGAUAGCAUGUUGCUAGAUCACCGACGGGUUGGACUUACACAUGAAGUGCUAGUUACUCUUUUAGCAGAGACUAGUGCAAUGAUCAACUCACGACCAUUAACGGGUAUCUCUUCUGACCCAAACUCAUCAUUCAUCCUCACACCAAACAUUCUACUAACUCAGAAGAUGGAUGUAUUAAACGAAGAGAUUUGUGAAACUGAUUCUAAGGAUUUGAUGCGUGUUCAGUGGAAAAGAGUACAACACCUUGCAAAGGUAUUCUGGGACAAGUGGAAGAAGGAAUAUUUACACACUCUACAGACUCGAAAGAAAUGGCAUCAGACCCAAAGAAAUGUUCGUGUUGGUGAUGUGAUACUGAUGAGAGAGAAAGAUAUGCAUCGAAAUGAAUGGCCCUUAGGCAUCGUCACCAAGGUGUUUCCUGGACAAGAUGACUUAGUGCGUAAAGUGCAGGUCAAGGUCAACCGGAAUGACAAGAUCACUUCAUACACCAGGCCGGUGAACGAUAUUGUUAUCCUCUUGGAACAGUGA